AUGUCGGAAAAACCCCGAAAGCUCCAACGCGUCUCCAAAGCCUGUAAGUCCUUCCCCGCGCUCAAUUCCCAUACUCCACUCGCGCUUAGCGGCAAUUCGUCCCCAUGCGACAGCUCAGAGCUCGCGGCUCACGCGCAUCCAGGCGACUUCUGCAACAGGCGCAGCAUCAAAUGUGGCAGAAGUGAAGACACGCUAGGCAGGUGCCAGAAUUGCGCGGAUUUUGACGUCCCGUGCACCUUCGAUCGCCCCGCCAAACGUCGGGGCGUCAAGGCUGGCAGCAGGGCACCGGGCCGCGAGACGCCGUUGGUCAAGACCCCUGUCACUGAGAAUGUUACUCCCGUGCCGCUUGCUGCGCCGGCUACAGGAAGAACAUCCAACUCCUCCGCGUCCAGGAGCUCCUAUUACCCUGAAUCGGUCCAUCGGCCGUCGUUGACGGGAGACCCGUGGUCGGCGUUCAACGCCGGCGGGGUCGCAACAGAGGGGUAUGAUGAUGAUGCUGCGCUGCGCAACUCAUGGAAUGCUUUUGCCAUUGCCAGUGAUCGUCAAGUCCGUAAUCUUGUCCAGGUAUACUUCGAGAUUGUCUACCCUAUAUUCCCCCUCUUCCACAAACAAUCCUUCAUCGAGAGAGUACACAAUCAAGAGCAUCUACGAAAUCCUGGACUCUUUGCAUCCACAAUGGCCGUCUGUGCGUUGGUUUCGGGCCGUGCUCGAGACGGCGCCUUGUUCACAAAUAGGUGGCAUCGCGACGAGCUUGCAGAACCUCCAUCGGAGACAUUUUACGCAGCGGCGAAAGACUCUAUUCCCCGAGACCUUGCGGCCGCAAAGGGUAUAAACUAUAUGCGUGCAUGCGCCAUCCUUGCCAUCGCCAGUAUCCAAAAUGGCCAGCCGAAGAACAUGCAGAAGUUCUCGGGUAUGUAUCAUACACUUACCAGUAUGGAGGGACUUCAUGAUGAAAAGCUUUGGCCGAAACACCUUACUCCAAUCGAAAUCGAAGAACGACGGAGACUGUUUUGGUCGAUAUAUACAUUAGACAUAUAUUCCACAAUUGUGUGGGGAGGUGUGAUUCGAUAUCGCGAAGCACACUCGCUGGUACGAUAUCCUAGCGAGGUUGAUGAUGAGUUCAUCACUCCUCAAGGCUAUGGACUUCCGCCUGUGUCUCCAGCAUCUAGUGUGCUGAGCCCGGGUGACGUGACUAUCGUUUCAAGACAACCCGUCGCAUGGCUUCGAGGGUGGAAUUUCACAACAGAUCUUUAUCGCAUACUCGAGCAUGUGGUCGAUGCAAAUAAGCGUCGACAUUCUUCGGCCAAUGGCACCUCACAGGUCUGGUCUCUGUUCACCCCAGCCUCAAUGUCAGAACCGGCAGUCAUGGAACGAGUUCUUUCCAUGUAUGCUGCCUUACCCUCGCAGUUCAAGGAAACUCCGCCUACUACCGGUGACAUGGCCAGGGAUCUGUUUGGAUUCCAGUCCGCCAAUAUCCAAGCGACAUUACAACUCCUUCGCAUGAUGCUCUUAUCAGCAGAAGAACUCGGAGUGGACCGCAAAUGUGACGUGGCUAGGGAAUUGCUCAGUGUCUUUAGUAAUGUCCCAGUGGAGUAUCUGAAGGCCAUCAGUUCCCCUCUGCUCCACCAUCUUGGCGGAAUAGGCUACAUCCUCGGCUCUGUCAUGGAAGGAAGUUUAUCAGAAUCAUCCUACCAACGCGUUCGCACAUUACUUCUGGAAAUGGCCGAUCUCCUCGGCCGUCUGGAAACAGGCCUACAGCGCGCAUCAGGCGCCAGCGAACGCCUCCGUUCCCAAGUCGACCGAAUAGACGGAUACAUACGAACAUCUCGGCUGUUGAAUCUGGGUGCCGGCCACCUACCCCCACACCCUAAUGCUGUUCCUGUCGAUGUAAAAUCCGAAAUGCGCAUCCCGCCCCCGACCACUUAUAUCCCACCCAGUGGUCCGCCGAGUGGAGGUCUGCAUACCGGGCCGAGUCCGGUCGUUGGACCAACCGGUGAGCAGAUAAUGCAGUUCCAACUACCGCCAGAGUUGUUGUCGGAUUGGCCGUGGCCUUUGGAUGGUGCUCAUUCGGAGGGGUUUUUGCCUUUGGCUUUUGAAUAA